AUGACAAACAAUCCAUCAAAUGAAGGCAAGAAACUCUGGGGCGGCCGUUUUCGAGGAAAUGUGGAUCCUAUAAUGAAUAAAUUUAAUGAAUCACUUAGUAUCGAUAAACGAAUGUGGUGUGUUGAUUUGGAUGGUAGUCAAGCGUAUGCACGUGCAUUAGAAAAGAGUAAAGUAUUGACAAAAACUGAAGCGGAUGAUAUUGUAACUGGAUUGGAUCAAGUAAGAAAUGAGUGGGCGAAUGAAACGUUUGAAAUUAAGGAAGGAGAUGAAGAUAUUCAUACGGCUAAUGAACGUCGACUUACGGAACUAAUUGGUACUGUCGGUGGCAAAUUACAUACAGGUCGGAGCCGAAAUGAUCAAGUAGCUACUGAUGUACGUCUAUACUUGAAACGUACAAUCAAUACGAUACAAGAAAGUCUUAAAGAACUGAUUGGUACAGCGAAUGAAUUAGCUGAAAAUCAUAUCGACUUGCUUAUGCCUGGUUUUACCCAUUUGCAACCGGCCCAGCCAUUGCGCUUCUCGCAUUGGGUAUUGAGCCACAAUGCAGCACUACUGCGUGAUGCUGAGCGCUUGGUAGAUCUUACGAAACGUGUUGAUUACAUGCCAUUGGGAAAUGGCGCACUGGCUGGUAACUCGUUUAACUUGGAUCGUGAAGCCCUGGCCAAGUCAUUGGGUUUUGGUAACGUAACGCCCAACAGCCUCGACGGUGUAUGUGACCGUGACUUUAUCGCCGAGUUCCUCUUCUGGGCUUCCAUGACCAUGGUGCACCUGUCUCAAAUUUCGGAGGACCUCAUCAUAUACAACACGCUCAAGUUUGUGACCAUGACCGACGCCUACAGUACCGGCAGCUCCCUCAUGCCUCAGAAGAAAAACCCUGACGCGCUGGAGCUGCUGCGUGGCAAGAGCGGCACGAUCAUCGGUCGUCUGAACGGCUUUCUCGUGACACUCAAGGGCCUGCCACGCUCCUACAACAAGGAUCUGCAAGAAGACAAGACAGCGCUCUUUGACGUCGUUGAUACCAUUCAGGACUGCCUGCAGAUCGCCACCGGCGUGCUGGCUACCAUGACCCCGCGCGGCGACAAGAUGCGCAGCUUUCUCGUAACGGAGAUGCUGGCCACCGACUUGGCCGAGUACCUGGUGCGUAAGGGCGUCCCAUUCCGUGAAACUCACCAUGUUGCCGGUGCUGCCGUGAGAUUGGCCGAAGACAAGAACAAGGCAUUAAGUGCCCUCACGUUCGAGGAACUGUUGACGCUGCAUUCAAAAUUUGAGGAGGAUGUUCUGGACGUGUGGGACUUUGACGCUAGCGUUGAGCGCAAGAACGUCACGGGCGGCACGAGUAAGAGCGCUGUACAGCAGCAAAUUGCCAACAUCAAGGCGUGGCUUGCUUAA